AUGGACCACAUGGGCUUCCAGAUACCGGGCAUGGCGCCGCCGCCAUUGAUCAAUCAGCCGCCCCAGAUCUUCGGGUCGUACGGCCCGGACGGCCUCCCACAAAUGCCCCCGGAUCUUGCCUCGCACAUGUUCCCCGACGCUCACUUGCUCAUGGAGGACACCAACGAGGCCAAGAGGCGGCGCAUUGCUAGGGCCUGCGACAUGUGUCGCAAGAAGAAGAUUAAAUGCGACGGCAAGCUGCCCUCAUGCACGCAUUGCAUCAACUACAAGACCGACUGUGUCUUUACGCAAGUCGAAAAGAAGCGCAGUCCUCCAAAGGGCGCCAAAUACAUCGAGGGCUUGGAGAACCGAUUGGGGCGGAUGGAGCACCUUUUGCGUCUUUCAGGGCUCCUGGGAGAGGACGAAAACGGCGCGACCGACCUGGGAGAGCUGGAAAGGAAGCUCACCGAGAAGACUCGCCAGGCGUCCACGGCUGCAACAGCCUCGAACCCGACGUCGCCGUCCCUAGGCACGGCUGCAGCGGAAAACACAUCAACGCCUCAGAGCGCGUUGACGUCGCCGGAGCCGACCAAGGAGAGUCACAAGGAUGACAAGCGCAAGUCCAUUACGCCCGCGGAGGACAGUCAAGGGGAAGAGGAAGUCGAGGCUCUCUCUGAAAUGAUGUGCUCACUCGUUACCAACCAGUGUGGCGAAACUCGAUACAUUGGUUCUUCGUCCGGCUUCUCCAUCUUCUCGCCCAGGGGCAUACAAUGGGUCAACGAAAAGACGGGCGACGACUCCUUCUCAAAGAUGAUAUCGGAGGUGUCGGUGGACGACCACAAGUGGACCAACUGGAAGCCCGAGGUCUUUGGCGACCUCUUCCAGCGACCUGUUUUCCGAGCCCUGCCGCCCAAGCCUGAAGCCCUAUCGCUUCUCAACGAUUACUUUGAGAACUUCAACUGCAUGUUCCCGCUUUUCCAUCAGCCCACCUUCAUGCACCUCGUCGAGCGCCAAUACUCUUCCGACCCUUACCAGGGGUCUGGAUGGUGGGCCAGCCUAAACUGUGCCUUGGCAAUCGCGCAUCGUCUCCGCGUCAUGAGCAACCUGGUUCCUCAAGAGGAGGACGACAAGGCUUGGGCGUACCUGAAGAAUGCCAUGGGAGUCUUCUCGGAGCUGGCCAUGCGAAACACGGACUUGCUCAGCGUCCAGGCCCUUCUGGGCAUGGCGCUGUUCAUGCAAGGUACACCGAACCCGCAACCGACGUCGCUCCUGAUCGCCGCCGCUAUCCGUCUGUCACACAGCAUCGGCCUGCACAAGCGCGGCACGGGCUUCAACCUGAACCCCAUCGAGAUUGAACAGCGCAAACGAGUCUUUUGGAUCGCCUACAUGCUCGACAAGGAUCUGUGCUUGCGUUCCGGACGACCCGCGGCUCAGGAUGACGAUGACAUGAACGUCGACCUGCCAGACGCCGACCCUGCGGACAAUAUUGGCAAUAUCCCCCUGGCGGAUGGCAAGGGCAAGAUGAACCUCUUCCGCCUCAUGUGCGAAUUCACCGUCAUCGAGAGCAACGUUUACAAACGCUUGUAUUCGACUAAGGCGACCAAGCAGUCCGUCGGGGAGCUUCUCAACACCAUCGGCGAGCUUGAUCAGGAGCUUGAGGAAUGGAAGGACAAGAUCCCAAUCGACUUCCGUCCCGAACACGAGAUCAAGGCGUCGCACACGCCCCUGAUUCUGCACAUUGUCAUGCUGCACUUUACCUACUAUAACUGCUUGACAACCAUCCAUCGGAUGUCGAUUCAUCAUGGGUUCUGGACAAGUAGGCUGUCAAAUUACGCCAUCCAGGGUCUCAACGCUCGGCCGCUGAACCCGAGAAUCUUUUCGUCCGCCGCCCUCUGCACAGCGGCCGCUCGGGCGUCCAUUUCAUUGUUGAAAUACGUGCCCCAAGGCGACUUUAGCUGCGUCUGGCUGAUCUUGUAUUUCCCGGUGUCCGCUCUCAUGACGCUGUUCAGCAACAUCCUUCAAAACCCGUUGGACCCUCGUGCCAAGUCCGAUACGCGUUUGAUGAACUUGGUAGUGACGUUCCUGUCCAUGCUGGGGCAAGAGGCAGAACAAGGAGGCGUGCAUCGGAUGCUCGGCGUCUGCUCCGAGUUCGUACGCAUCGCCAAGGUGGUCAUUGAAAAGGCAGAAAAGGAUCAGGCGUCCCGUCGCAAGCGCAAGAACGUCGACGCCCCGAGCAAGCCGUCAGCACAGUCAACAACGCCCAGCAAGCCCGCGAACGCCUUGGCCGCGAGCGGCCCGUCCACCGAGACUCCCCGGCCGGCAACCGCGACUACGACAACGCCGACGCCCAUGAACAUCACCGCCACCAUGAGCAGCUCCCAUCUGUCCCCGGGGUCGGGAUCCGAUCGCGGAAGCUCGCACGGUCCUGCCACUGGCACAGGGUCGUCCAGAAACGAGCCGUCACCCUCCAUCAGCUCAGCAGGGUGGCCGCAAGAGUUCCAGCUGCCGCAAAAUGGAGAUCUCGAGUCGUAUAGCAAUAUGCAAGGGUUCGGUGGGGCUGUCCAGUCCCCUCCCAUGCCCAUGGGAGCCGGUUCCUUCCAACAGCCUCUGCUGCCGCAGGAUCUUUUCGGCCUCCCUGCCACCCUUGACUGGAGCUGGGCCGAGAUGAGCGGCGGCGCGUAUCCGACGGUCGAAAAUGGCAACUUUGGCGAAGAUGACCGCGAUAUGGGCGGCCAACAAUAG